AUGCUAGUGACCCCGACAGAUGCCGUGGAUCGACCCGACGACGAGGAACGGCGUCGUCAAUCGGACAAGUUUGACGAUGGUGGUGGAGGCUGUGACGGCGGCGGUGACGUAGGUGACGGAGGUGGUGAUGGCGGUGGUGGUGGAGCCGGAAAGAAGCACCGUAAGCGACGAAACCGCAGGAACCGUCAGCGACAACAGACCGAAGAUGGCCACGUGGCCGGCGUCGAAUCUUAUACGCCUCCUAUAGAAUGUGACAACUACGGCCAAACUACUAAUACGGCUAAGGUCAACGACCAAACCACCAACGAUCCCACAGGUGGUGCUGUCGCGGAGGCGGCAACACCCCUGACGGCGGCGCAAGUGGUCAAAGGCGUUACUUCCACCGAAACCACCGCAGAGGACGUAACCAUGGAAGUACAGAUCGACGACGAGAUAGACGAGGAUGACGGUGAGCGGUACUCAUCGUAUUCAAUGUCAUCGGUGGAGGACGAAAACGGUGAUGGCAGUGACGGUAGCCGUAAAACCGCUGUGACAAAAGUGACAUGUGACGAAGACGACAUUGACCACAACUUUAAUACUGAGACCAAUGACCACAGUUGUAGCAGUGCUGUUGUAGAUACUACUACUUCACCACCUCCGGAUGUCAUAAUGCAUCACAACCAUGAUGUCAUCAAGCGGAAAGGUUCGCGUCGAAGCCGCCGCAAACGCCGGUCGUCAACCACAGCCACGGUGGUUAGCGAUCAAGAUGUCCCCAUGGCGCCUGUGGUUGGUACGGUAGGCGAAGAGGAACCGUUAGUACCUUCCCCGUCACUGCCAGAAGAAAUAAAUACGAUGAAUACCGCCGACACCACUAUUACCAUAGAGUCAAUCAAUAAAGAUAACACCAAUAUUGAAUACAACGAUGGUAAUAUAAUUGCCAAAACUGUCGAUAGUAAUGCUAAUGAUACCAGUACGACGGUUGUCGACACUACCUCACCCAAAGGCAACAGUGACCACCAGUCCACGGCGACAACUACACUGCAAUCACAACAGCAGUCACAGGAACCAUCAAUGAUCUCGGCCGCCGUACAAGAUAUAGUGACGCCAAUGGUACACAUUGCAGCCACUGUAGCAGCUGUCCAGGAUGUUGAGAGUCGGUUAUUGGAAGACUUUGAGUGGAAGCUCAGCGAGGUGCACCGGCAGUGGAAACGCCGACUGUCAGAUCACGAACGUAAGUUGGCCGACGAGAUGGCCAAGCGACAGCGUGAGCUGAACGAUGACAUGGACAGGCGGGCAUUGGAGCUGGCAGAAGAGGUAAUGAAACGCGAGCAGAGGAUGGCGGAGGAGAUGGUGGAACACGAGAGACACCUCAAGGGCGUGUUGAUAAAGCGGGAACGAGAUCUCGAGGAGAGGACGGCCGCGGAGAUGGCCGAGCGUAAGCGUGAGUUCGAGGUUAUGGCCAAGAAUGAAGUGGAUGCCAAGAAACAAACGAUAAUGGCCGAGGCAGAGGCGAAGGUGGCCAAGCGAGAGAAGGAACUUAAAGCUGAGGCAGAGGAAGCGAUAGCGGCGGCGAAACGGGAGCGCCGGCUGGCCGCUGUGGAGGCUUCGAAGCGUGAACGGGACGCAGUGGCGACGGCGUUGGCGGAGGCCGCGAAGCGAGAGCAACAGCUAUUGGCGGACGCGGACAAGCGGGAGCGAGACCUCAAGGCUGAAGCUGAUCGCCGGCAAUGGGAAAUGGUCGAGCUGGAGGUGGCCAAGGCGGCCAAACGUGAACGCGAGCUGCGGGCAGAAUGGGCUGCCCGGGAACGACAGCUGGCCGCGGAGUCGGAGGAACGCGAACAGCGAGCGGUGGAGGCAGCUGAGAGGCAGGUGCGCAGGCAAUGGCGGCAGUGGGAGCGGGACGCGAUGGCCGAGAACAGAAAAGCGGUAGAGGAACAACAGGAGCGGGCCGAGCGUGAGCUAGCCACGGCCCGUACGGCGUGGGAACGGGACCGAACUGACAGAAUUGCCGCCCUGGAAACAAGGUGGACGGAGCGUAUGCAGGAUGCCGUUCAAGCGGAACGGGCUAGGGGAGCGGCGGCCGCGGAAGAGUUGCGGCGUACUAGUCAGGAUGAACAGAAGCGAAUUUUGGCCACUGCAACCGCGGAAGCUGCUGCUGAAGCUUGCCGCAAAGCUCGGGCCGAAGCAGACGCUGAGUUGAUCAAACUUCGACGGGCUGUAGACACGACGGCGUUGUGGUACGAAGACUUACUUGACGCGGCUCGCGCUGAACGGGACCGAUGUACGGAAAGAGCAGACGAAGCGGAACGAAAACAGUCGGAAGCUGAACGGAAACAGUCGGAAGUGGAACGGAGUCUGUCAGAAGCGGAACAGAAAUUGUCAGAUGCUGAAAGCGCCAAAACGAAAGCGGAGAAGGAGCUGGCGGAAGUGUCCAGCUGGCUGACGGAAAUGGAAAUUAAUCUGGCCACAGCAAAGAGCGAUCUCGCCAACCUGGAUAAUCUAUUGGUACAAUCAGCCAAUAAGCAGGCGGAAACCGAGAGCAAACUGAAAGUGGCAGAACAAAAAGUUAUCGAAUUGGAAAAAAAGUUGGCCACCCGUGUGGCAGUGAAAUCAGCUAAUAACCGCCGUGACGACAACGAUGAGAAUGACGAGGACGAAGACGAGGAAGAGAACAACGAGGACGACGAGGAUGGUGACGGUGACGUCGAAAGUGCAGCUACAGGCUUUAGUGUGGCCACCGACGACGAUGACAUAAACGGCGAGACAGAACCGAAGAGCUGCUGCGUCCGGGCUGUUAAGUAA